UUCCAUUGAAAACGUUCGCUCCGUUCUACCAAUUUAACCUCAAAUAGAUGUCCGAAGUCUACUUAAUAAUUAUAUCCAAAUGCAUCUUUUCUGUUAACCUAUUUUUUUCUUUUUUGUUUUCGUGACAUAACAGGUACAUAGUACACCAACAAAUAUGUCUUCGCGGGGAAAUCAGCGAAGAGGUCCAAAUCGCAACAGCGAGAUCGGCGAGCAUGGCGAAGAAUUACCCAUGUGGAAGGAUAUUAAAGAUAAAGGCACUGCUAUCACAAAUUCCUUCAAUGACAGCAGUUUCAAUGUCAACAAGAUUCGUGACCAGGAAAAGCUCAUGGCCGACAAGAGGGCUAAGGGCGUCCUCACAAUAGAAGACUACAAUACACUUGAUGACUUAUACCGUAAGGGCGUAAAAGCAAAUGAAAUUGCUGGUCAAACUAUCACGGAGACGAUCGAGAAGCUCAAAGUACUCCGUGCCGUGCAGAAGGCCAAGGAAGAACAGCAAGAGGUAAACACCUCGAGAGUCCAGCGAGCUAAGGACUCGGCCGCUGCAUCUUCCCUAUACGACUUUGACGGAUCCGGAGAGUCGUCCGUCCCGUCUCCAAACCCUACCAUACGCCGUAUCAAUAACAGUAAGGGCGAGCGUGACUCGGUCCCGCCUAGGGACCGAUCUACCCCCGCGGCUAAGGCGGGGAGUGCUGAACCGCAAGCUGGCCCCUCCUCUAACUCUCUCCGUACUAAGCAGACUUUCGCCAAAGACGACGAGGUCGCGUUCAAGCCGAAGCCCGUAAGCAACGAGCAGACGGACUGGAUCUUGGGCAUAGUCCAAGACGUGCGUGGAGAAGGAAAAACAAGGCGGUACAAGGUCCUGGACGCCGACGUGGACGAGAAUGGUCACCAAAAGGACUUCCGAACUUACGCUAGCAGCAUGAUACUUAUCCCCAAGGAAGGGACCGUACUGCCCCCGUUGGAGACGGGCAAGACGGUGCUGGCGCUGUAUCCUAAUACUACCACUUUUUAUAAAGCUGAAGUUAUGGGCAUGGACGGCGAUGGGAAGGUUAACUUGAAAUUUGAGGGCGAAGAGAGCAGCAAUACAAUGCAAGCGGUAAUCCGUCGGCACGUUGUAGAGUAUCGAGGUUGAGGAGAGAGGGGUUUUUCUAGGUUGGUUAAAGAUUAGGAGUUCAAGGCUGAUCGGAUGGGACCCGGUCUGGAGUUACUAGGUUCAUCGGUUCUUUGGGACAUCAUUCCUGUAUGCAAUAGCAUCAGCUUGUUACCUACUUGCAAAGUGAUCUGCUGGGUAUCUGAGCCAAUUAUGGCUGUCUAUUUUGACAGGAUACUCAAACUCAUGAUGAAAUUGAAUUGAACAAGUUGGAUCUUACUUGGCUAUGAUAACAUCUGAACAAUCAAAUAGCUAGGUGAAGGAUGAAUCUUGUUGAUUCAGGUCGGAAUAAACCCCUUGAUCCUGGGUAUUUCUUAACGGUUCAAAUGAUUUGCCAAGCAACAGCUAACGUUGAGCUGAAAAGGGGCAGAUCCAAUUAGUUGGAC